GUCCAUGGGGGAGAUGCAUGGGAGAUGAAUGCGGUCCAGGUGGCAUCCAGACGCGAGCGGUGUGGUGUGCCCACGUGGAGGGCUGGACCACGCUGCCCACGAACUGCAAGCAGCCAGAGCGGCCAGACAACCAGCAGAGCUGUUUUCGGGUCUGUGACUGGCACAAGGAGCUGUACGACUGGCAGAUCGGUAGCUGGAACCAGUGCCAGCCUGUCCUCUCCCGAAGCCACGAGAAGCCCUUGGAGUGCCUCAGAGGGGAGGAAGGGAUCCAGACAAGGGACAUCACCUGCAUCCAGAAGUCCAACGGGGUGCCGGCUGAGGAUGUCAUCUGUGAGUACUUUGAGCCGAAGCCCCGCCAGGAGCAGGCGUGCCUCAUCCCGUGCCGGCAGGACUGCAUCGUGGCCGAAUUUGCCCCCUGGUCAGAGUGCUCCAAGACCUGCGGCAACGGGCUUCAGCAUCGAACUCGGCAUGUUGUGGCUCCACCGCAGUUCGGUGGGUCAGCUUGUCCUAACCUCACCGAGUUUCAGAUCUGUCAGUCUAGCCCAUGUGCUGCUGAAGAAAGCCUGUAUAGCCUAAAUGUGGGACCCUGGAGCGCAUGCUCAGUGCCCCAUUCGAGACAAAUAAGGCAAGCGAGGAAACGAGGGAAGAACAAAGACAAGGAAAAGGACAGAGAAAAGGCAGUUCGGGAUCCCGAGGCUCGUGAGUUAAUUAAGAAGAAGAGGAAUCGAAACAGACAGAAUAGACAGGAGAACAAAUAUUGGGACAUACAAAUUGGGUACCAAACCAGGCAGGUCACAUGUACUCACAGAAAUGGGAAAACUGCUGCUCUGAGCUUCUGCAAACAAGACAAGUUGCCCAUUACGUUCCAGUCCUGCGUGAUCACGAAGGAGUGCCAGGUGUCAGAGUGGUCAGAAUGGACCCCCUGCUCCAAAACCUGCUUUGACAUGACAACCCCUAAAGGGAAUCGUACAAGAUCACGGACCAUUAAACAGCUCCCUGUCGGCAGUGAAAGUGAAUGUCCGCAAUUAGAAGAAACAGAGCAGUGUGUUUCUCAAGGAGAUGGUGUGGCACCGUGCAUUACGUACGGUUGGCGGACCACAGAGUGGACAGAAUGCCGUGUCGAUCCUCUCCUUAGCCAACAGGACAAGAGGCGAGGAAAUCAGACAGCGCUGUGUGGAGGUGGCAUUCAAACCCGGGAAAUGUACUGCGUGCAAGCUAAUGAAAAUCUACUUUCCUAUUUAAAUACCCUCAAGGAAAAAGAAGAAAGUCAGUCACAGAGCAAGUCGAAGGCUAGUGCUGCACCUCUGCUAUCGAUCACUUUUGAAAUAACAGCCUCGAGGCCGGUAGACCGUAGGCUGUGUACGGGACCUCUGCCCAGCACCUCCCAGCUGUGCCAUAUCCCCUGUCCUACAGAGUGUGAGACCUCAGCAUGGUCAGCCUGGGGACCAUGCACCUAUGAAAGCUGUGAAGACCCUCAGGCUAAGAAGGGCUUUAAACUAAGGAAACGACGCAUCACCAAUGAGCCUACGGGAGGAAUGGGAAACUGCCCUCACCUGCUGGAAGCCAUCCCGUGUGAAGAGCCCUCCUGCUAUGACUGGAGAAUUGUGGGGUUGGAGGAGUGCAUUCCUGACAAUGAGAAACCGUGUGGCCCUGGUACGCAGGUUCCUGUUGUCGUCUGCAUCAACAGUGAUG